AUGGGUAAGGCAAGCAAGGAACUCAAAGGAUUCAUCAACGAAAUUCCGGACAGUUGCCUUAAUGCUCUCCCUAAUAACCCGGGGACUAUCCGCAAGACCACUGAUUUCAGGCUCGAUAUGCAGGGCAUGACAACCGAUGGGAAACACAAUCUCCAGGUCCAGGUUAAUAAUGGAACAACAAUCUCGACGCUCAAGAAGGUUGCACCAAAGACAGUUGCGGGACCAGCUCUGGUCCCGUCCGAUGGUUCGUGGACUGCUUCAGAUAUCCGGGCAGAAUUGUUGGCUACGAUUUUGAUUUUGAGAUAUUGA